CCUACUUGGUGUUGAUAAAGAGAAAAUGUCUGAAAGUCUGGUAUUGCUAAUUGGUGUUGUGGUUAGAGUGGUUGUCGAAAUUGUGAAAAACCAGAAGUUGGUGCAAGUGAAACAACCUCAUGAUUGUCUAGUUCAAAAGUUUAAAAAUAGAAAUUCAAUAAGAAGCCCAGAAGUAGAUGAUGUGAAAUUUAUAAGGUUUGAAGAGUUAGACAAUAAUAAUGACAAGAGAUAUAAGAGUGUUAAAGGA